GCGAUCCAAAGCAAGCAACAGCAGCAGAAGUGCACUUUUGCAUUCUAUUUCCAAUCAAUCCAAGAGGCUAGAGCUAGCGGCCAAGAUCAUCGUCACCGGCGGCAUGGACUCGUCGACGGUGGGCGCUCCGGGGAGCUCGCUGCACGGCGUGACGGGGCGCGAGCCGGCGUUCGCGUUCUCGACGGAGGUGGGCGGCGAGGACGCGGCGGCGGCGAGCAAGUUCGACUUGCCGGUGGACUCGGAGCACAAGGCGAAGACGAUCAGGUUGCUGUCGUUCGCGAACCCGCAUAUGAGGACGUUCCACCUAUCAUGGAUCUCCUUCUUCUCCUGCUUCGUCUCCACCUUCGCCGCCGCCCCUCUCGUCCCCAUCAUCCGCGACAACCUCAACCUCACCAAGGCCGACAUCGGCAACGCCGGCGUCGCCUCCGUCUCCGGCUCCAUCUUCUCCAGGCUCGCCAUGGGCGCCAUCUGCGACAUGCUCGGCCCGCGCUACGGCUGCGCCUUCCUCAUCAUGCUCGCCGCGCCCACCGUCUUCUGCAUGUCGCUCAUCGACUCCGCCGCGGGGUACAUCGCCGUGCGCUUCCUCAUCGGCUUCUCCCUCGCCACCUUCGUGUCAUGCCAGUACUGGAUGAGCACCAUGUUCAACAGCAAGAUCAUCGGCCUCGUCAACGGCCUCGCCGCCGGGUGGGGAAACAUGGGCGGCGGCGCGACGCAGCUCAUCAUGCCGCUCGUCUACGACGUGAUCCGCAAGUGCGGCGCGACGCCGUUCACGGCGUGGAGGCUGGCCUACUUCGUGCCGGGGACGCUGCACGUGGUGAUGGGCGUGCUGGUGCUGACGCUGGGGCAGGACCUCCCCGACGGCAACCUGCGCAGCCUGCAGAAGAAGGGUGACGUCAACAGGGACAGCUUCUCCAGGGUGCUCUGGUACGCCGUCACCAACUACCGCACCUGGAUCUUCGUCCUCCUCUACGGCUACUCCAUGGGCGUCGAGCUCACCACCGACAACGUCAUCGCCGAGUACUUCUACGAUCGCUUCGACCUCGACCUCCGCGUCGCCGGCAUCAUCGCCGCAUCCUUCGGCAUGGCCAACAUCGUCGCGCGCCCCACCGGCGGCCUCCUCUCGGACCUCGGCGCGCGCUACUUCGGCAUGCGCGCCCGCCUCUGGAACAUUUGGAUCCUCCAGACCGCCGGCGGCGCGUUCUGCCUCCUGCUCGGCCGCGCAUCCACCCUCCCCACCUCCGUCGUCUGCAUGGUCCUCUUCUCCUUCUGCGCGCAGGCCGCCUGCGGCGCCAUCUUCGGCGUCAUCCCCUUCGUCUCCCGCCGCUCGCUCGGCAUCAUCUCCGGCAUGACCGGCGCCGGCGGCAACUUCGGCGCCGGGCUCACGCAGCUGCUCUUCUUCACGUCGUCGAGGUACUCCACGGGCACGGGGCUGGAGUACAUGGGCAUCAUGAUCAUGGCGUGCACGCUGCCGGUGGUGCUCGUCCAUUUCCCGCAGUGGGGCUCCAUGUUCCUCCCGCCCAACGCCGGCGCCGAGGAGGAGCACUACUACGGCUCCGAGUGGAGCGAACAGGAGAAGAGCAAGGGCCUCCACGGUGCAAGUCUCAAGUUCGCCGAGAACUCCCGCUCCGAGCGUGGCCGCCGCAACGUCAUCAACGCCGCCGCCGCCGCCGCCACGCCGCCCAACAACUCGCCGGAGCACGCCUAAUUAAGAGGCCAAGUUAAUUAAUUAUGCAUGCAUGUAUAAACUGUUGAACGUUUUGUUACCGUUUUCUUUAUACUAUCUAGAGUAUGUCGUCAUGGAGAAAGGCCUUUGUAUUACUUGCUUCGAAAAGCGUUUAAAUGAAAAGAAAAAAGUUAAGAAAUUUUUGUGAUAAACCAACAAAACUA